AUGGGAGACCUUAACGUGGUCGAGGACCCGGAUCUGGACCGCACCUCGCACUCUGGCUCCGCGGCGGAGAAUCAGAGGCUCCUGGACUGCUGGGGAAACACGGAUCUGAGGGAUGCUUUCAGACACAUGCAUCCGGAUAAAAUGGAGUACACUUUUUUCGCAAGGGCGACAAGGCUGCUGGAGAGGUUGACCGCCUGUCUGAGGGCAUACUCAAGGGAGGAGAGGAAAAGGGAGACGGCGACUAGGCUACACCUUACCAGCGAGGUAGAGCGGCUCAGGGCUCGGGUGACGCGCUAUCCGCACUGUCAGCGAACGGGUCGGAUCCUGCUCAGGAAGGAAGAGCUGCUGGAGGCGUAUGAGAGAAGCCACAAAGAAAAACUGCAGGCAUGGGCAGGUGUUGAAGCAGAGCUGGACGGGGAGGUGGCGUCGGGUAUCCUGUCGGCGCAGAUCAAAACUCGCAAGGCUAAGACAUCGAUUCGAGAAGUGUCAAGGAAUGGGAGCGUUUUCACAGGGGUGAAGGAAGUUCUCUCGGAAGCGACAGACCACUACCGCGAGGCUUUUGGUUGUCAUGGCGGUGGCGCAGUACCUGGCACAGUCGACCGUCCCAUGCAGCGUCGGCUGGGUGAAGAAAGCAGGAGAUCACUAAGCGCCCCCUGGACGGAGGAAGAGGUGCGGAAGGCAGUGCGCGAGCUCGCCCCGGGGAAGUCGCCGGGAGCGGACGGCCUGCCCAAGGAGCUUUUCGAUUACCACUGGGACUUGCUGGGGCCGAUACUGAUGGACCUGGUGAGGAGAUUUACGAGGGGAGAGGAUUUGCCGCAGAAUAUCACAACAGCGGUGACCAUCCAGCUACACAAAAAGGGUGAUAAAGGUGAUCUUGGGAACUACCGGCCGAUAACGCUCCUAAGCACUGUUUACAAAAUCGUGGCAAAGGUGAUGGCAAGCAGGCUCAAGAAAGUUUUGCAUGAGGUCAUCUCGGAGGACCAGUAUGGUUUCAUACCUGGUCGUCAGCUAGCGGACGCGGUGGCAGUGGUGGCAGACGCCAUAGAAGCGGGGGCAAACGGAAAAGAGGACUGGUUUCUGUUGAUGAUUGACUUCCAGAAGGCGUUUGACUCGAUCUCGCGCAACUUCCUCUUCAGCACGUUACGGAAGCUAGGGUUACCGGAGGAAUUUGUGUCCUGGACGGAGGGGCUACACAGGGACGCAGGGACGUGUUUGCACAUUAACGGAUGGACGGGGGAAAAAGUAGCGGUGGAGAAAGGUGUGCGUCAAGGGUGUCCGCUGGCGCCGUACCUUUUCCUCUGUGCGGUGGAGCCGUUGUGCCAAGAGAUCAAUCGGAACAAGCUGGGGGUCGGUAAGAGGGGCGUGGGUAAGCUGGCGUACCUGGGCUACGCUGACGAUACCUCACUCCUGCUGCAGGGGGCAGAGCAGCUCCAGACGGCGUCGAAGGUGCUGUCGGAUUUCGGGGAGGAAUCGGGGUUGAAGGUGAAUGAAGGGAAAACGGUGGUCUUCCCGCUGGGGAAGAACCGGGGGAAGCCAACGCCGCACGGUGUAAAAAACAAAUGGGCAGACAAAGAUGAUCCUGAGCGUCUGCUGGGGAUUUGGAUCACACCGAACGGCGACCCGACUCCAUCCUGGAACAAGGCGUUGGACAGAGCGAGGGGGGAAUUAGCGAAGUGGGAAAUGAAACAUCUGACCACAUCGGCAAGAGUGUCAAUAAUCAACAGCUACAUCGUGCCGAUCUUCCUCUUCCAGGCACAGGUUUACCUACCGCCGGAGGCCAUCUGGAAGAAAAUCCACAAACUGUGCCACACAUUUGUCUCGAAAGGAGAAGCGGUGGAGGAAAGGCGCUUCAUCUUCUGGAACUAUAAGUUGGCCUGCACGCCUCGGGAAGAAGGGGGGCUGGGGUUGUUAUGCCCGGAGCUGAGGGUAGACAGCAUCGCCAUCCGGAACGUCUGCUGA